AAAACAUUUUUUUCCAUAAUUUAAGGUUGAUUUUAUAAUUAGCGCACCAUGAGUAGGAAACAGACACCAAGUGAGUUCUUGAAACAAAUCAUUGGACGACCUGUUGUCGUCAAACUCAACUCUGGGGUUGAUUACAGAGGUGUUCUUGCGUGCUUGGAUGGCUACAUGAACAUAGCUCUUGAACAAACAGAAGAAUAUGUGAAUGGUCAGUUAAAGAACAAGUACGGAGAUGCAUUUAUCAGAGGCAACAAUGUGUUCUACAUCAGCACACAGAAAAGAAAAGGUCUUGUGGGAUGAAAAGCUACAAAAAACUGGUUAAAUGCGCGAUUUUUAGGCAACGAAGGACACUUUUUAGGUUGUUUUGAAACUAGUUUUUCAAACUGUUUGUUUUCUGAAAGAAACUGUCAAAUUUUUUAUGUUGCAUUUUAUUUAAAUUCAAUAAUUUUGAACUUAAUAGUCGCCAGUUAAAGUUGUACUCUAAUGUUAAAGAAGAAUCAAGCACGAGAAUCAGCUAAAAACAAUAGCAUCAUUGUUUACACUCUACAAUAAAAAUCAAUCAAAAAUCUAAUGUACAAAUAAACCAGUGAAAUUGAA